CAAAAUCAAAACAUCCAAAUUCCAAGAGGGGGAUUCCAACGAAAGUUUUUUUCUUAUGUUUAGUAGCAGCUUAAAUUUGUGUUUAAAAUUUGGAAAUAUUGCGAAACGUUCUAGCAAAAUAGUCAAUUAACUCGCGAAAUUGGCACGACGACCUUGACAAUAUUUCAAACUCGGUCAAAUACAACAGUACAUAUCUGGCAGUCCCUGUAGUGAUGAAAAAUCUUGAAUGAAAGUGAUCCCGGUUUAAAGGUCACAAUUUUUACUGAUCACUCGCUAGUUUCGUGACGUAAACCGAACUUUAUCAGUUCCAAUUUACUAUUUAUCGUGGUUUUCAUGGCUUUUCUCACUAGUGACGCAAGUUCUGUGACGUAUUGUUGCUUUAUUAAAUAAAAAUAAAAAGUGCCGCUGAUCUAAAGAAUGACUCCGCCCAAUCCCCAAGAACCGGCCGAAGUGCGCAAAAAGACCCCAUCCGAUUUUAUUUUCGGCAAGGUGAUCGGCGAGGGUAGUUACAGUACCGUGUACCUUGCCCAAGAUGUGCAAACUAAAAAGGAAUUUGCCAUAAAAGUCCUUAAAAAGAAACACAUCAUUAGAGAGAAAAAGACCGAAUCCGUGAUGCGUGAAAAAGAAGUUUUACGCAUCCUAGGCAAUUCCUGCCCCUAUUUUGUUAAUCUCUACAGCACCUUCCAGGACUAUGAUAGCCUGUAUUUUGUGCUGACUUAUGCAAAAAAUGGAGAAUUAUUAAAACACAUUAAUUUGCAUAAUAAAUUUAAUUUUGAGUGCACACAGUACUACACAGCUGAGCUGGUUCUCGCUUUGGAAUACUUGCACUCCAAACACAUUGUCCACAGAGACUUGAAGCCUGAAAAUAUUCUGUUUGAUCAUAAUUUUCAUAUUAUCAUUACAGACUUUGGAAGUGCCAAUAUCGAAAAAACCGAUAAUCAAACAAAUAAUGGAGAAACUGAUCUGAUAACUGCUUUAGAAAACACCAGGAGGAGGCGUAGUUUUGUCGGUACUGCACAAUUUGUCAGUCCUGAAAUGUUACAAGAAUCUGAAUCUUCUGCUGCUUCUGAUUUAUGGGCUUUAGGAUGUAUAGUGUAUCAAAUGACUUGUGGUCAUAUGCCUUUUGUUGGUGGUAAUGAAUAUUUCAUAUUUCAAAAAAUAAUAAAAUUGGAAUACGAAUUUCCGGAUGGAUUUGAUAAGAGAGCACAAGACUUGGUAGAGAAUUUGUUAGUAUUAGAGCCGAAUAGACGCUUAGGAGCUUCAGAUGUUGUCCCUUACACAAGUAUACGUGAGCACCAAAUGUUCGAAGGUAUUAACUGGAACGAUUUAGGGCCACCUCCUCUGUUAUCUGAUUCACCGUAUUUAAUAAAAUCAAGUGGGAGUAACAAUUUUAACUCCAACCAAGAACCAGGUCUCGAUAGAGAUAUAGUCACUAAAUUGAUAUUAAAAGACAUGUUGCCAGGGGCAGCUCCUACAAAACAAGCUGAGCGUAAAAUUUCCAGAGCAGGACGUAAAAUUACUGAUCUAACGCAAGAAGAAAUUGAGAAAAGACUGUUGGCCCAACAAGCCAAUCCUUAUAACGUUUUUGUUGAAGGAAAUUUAAUACUCAAACAGGGUUUAAUAGAUAAACGUAAAGGGUUGUUUCCCAGAAGACGAAUGUUUUUGUUGACGUUUGGGCCUCAUUUAUAUUAUGUGGAUCCUAGUAAUAUGAAUUUCAAGGGCGAAAUUCCUUGGAGCAGCGACAUGAGAACCGAAACAAAGAAUUUCAAAAUAUUUUUUGUGCACACGCCCAAUCGUAAAUACUACCUUGAAGAUCCAGAAGGUUACGCCCUAGAAUGGUGCAAAGCUAUCGAUCAAGUCAAAGAACACUAUUUUCCUUCGGAGCAGGCUCUAAAGGAUUAAUAUCGAAAUACUUAGUCAAAUUAUUUAUUUUGUGUGUCUGGUACGUUAUGGUCAAAUUUUAGGUGCAAUUUAUUAUUGAUGCUGCCAUAAAUAUUAGUUUUUUGUUUAAAGACAAAUGUAAUUUAUUUACAAAUAUAUACCAGAUGCACUUUAACGGUUAAGGCAUAAUCCAAAAACAAAAUUCUCGUUUUUUGAUUGCUGAAUGUUAAAAUUUACAUUUUUUUCGAAGUCCCAACAAUAUAAUGCAAAUUAUUUAUUAAGGUAAUAAUUAUCACUUAAGUAUGUGUAUGUUUUCUUUUCGUAAUUAUUUAAGUAUUUAUUUAUUUAUUUAUUUAUUUCAAAUAACUUGCCCUCAAUUAUCCAAUAUUACAAUCUUAGUUUAGUGAAUUAAAUAUCAAUAAAACAAUACAUUAAAGUGGCAGCAA